CGCGAGACAUACGGAGAGGAGGCGUCCUGACACAUUCAAACUGUGGGUUUACAGUUGUUGGAUUAAACCGAAUGAAGAUGUUUCAUUCUCAGAACUACAUGUAGAUUGAGAUUCGUGUGAAGGCAGAAAUGUCUGUACAGCACCGCUUGGUCCAACUGUCAGCCGCGUCGCUCGCUGUUGUUCUCAGCCGGGACGAGGACAUCAAAUACAGCGCGAGCAGCACUAACGGACAGGACGUGUUUGCGGAUUUUAAGUCGCAAAAUUCGCGAAGCUUCUGGAAUAAAAGACUCGUGAAAGCGGUGGCGGAAGUUUCCUUCCAGGGAUGGCUGGAGAACUACGUGCUGCUCGUCCAGGGCAAUGCCAAUAACUUGGAGGUGUUGAGGGAAGCGUGGAUGCGCAGGGCGCUGAGGUCGCCCAAAGGAUACACUAUCCAAGCUGUAGGUGAUCUCUCCCCUGUGCAGAUGUCACCAAUCUCCCAGUCUCAGUUUAUUCCACUGUCUGAAAUAUUGUGCUCUGUCAUAUCAGACAUGAAUUCCACCCAUGUGAUUGUAAACCAGGAAGCAUUGAUCAAUCACAUGAUGAAAGCACACCCAGGAAUGACCAUUCCCACUCAAGACAUCCUGUACAAUGCUUUGGGAGCGCUUAUUAAGGAGAGGAAGAUCUAUCACACUGGUGAGGGCUACUUUGUAGUCACCCCUCAAACAUACUUCAUCACCAACAACAUGGUGAAAGAGAGGAAUUGGUGGAGUGCUGGCGACAGUGACCUGCCGUCACCACCUCCCAUCACGUACCUGGUGAGCAACGAGAGCUGCAUGGACACCUCUAAUGAGGUGCCUGUCAUGGCCCACUGUAAGUCCUGCAGCUGCUUCACCCCUCCGUCCAUUGUACCUCCAUCUGUCCCAGAACAUCAAUCCAUCAGCAUCAGUGAGUGCACUGGGAAAAGCCUCAAGUGGCCCAAAGAACACAAACCCUCCGUUCAGCAUCAGUCCACAUCUACUGCAGCAGACUACCAGGCCAGUGAGAUUAGCAAAUCCACCAACACAAGCCGCAAGGACAAGGAGAAAGCUGGCCGCAAAUUUGGGCUUAACCUCUUCCGACGAAAUACAGGGAAGAAGGACAACAAACUAAAGAAAGAGUAUGCCACAUUCUCUGGGCAAUUCCCUCCGGAGGAAUGGCCUGUCAGGGAUGAGGAAGACUUAAACAACCUCCCCAGGGAUCUAGAACAUGCCAUCAUCAAACGGAUCAACCCAGAGCUCACUGUGGACAAUUUAGUAAAGCACACGGUUCUUAUGAAGAAGCUUGAGGAGAAAGCUGAGAGAGGUACAGAGAAAGCUGUGGACAAGGGUAUUUCCACCGAAGCUCUUCUAGCUAAGCAGAGGCACCAUACCUCCAAGGCCGUGGGGAAGAAAUUGGCUCCUAGAGCAACUCGUAGCAAGAGAAGAGGACCUUCAUCCAAAGAGAAACAAAGGGCAAAGAAUAAGACUCUCCAAUGUGCUGAAGAUUUAGAGGCAGAUGAUCAGAGUACACCUCACCUCAGAGCAGAAUUAGCUUUAGAUGAACCUGACAAUAAUGUAGAGAGUACCAUUCUGAAUCCAAAAUGUGUCUACAAGAAACGGAUAGACAACCCAUUUUUGGGAUUGCCAGGAAAAGAUGUGGAAACAAACAUCAACCAUAAAGAACAAAGGAGGAGAGAAGCCAAGAUUCCAAACACCGGACGGCGGGAAAUACCAGGUCACAGGUCAAAAUCCUGGGAUCCCCAUCGAGCAAAAGCAAUAGCUGACAGCGUAGAGAGAUCUCACACACUGAAGGAUGCACCUUGUGAACAGGUCCAUAAAAGAGCACAGACUGUGGACUCCACUCUGGAUGUUCAACCAAUGCAAGAGCUUUGUGGAGAUUACAGCUCAGCCUACCCUGAGAGCAGCACAUUGAGGAUAGAGGACAAAAUUAAGCUAAGAGAGAAUAAAGUCCGAAGCAGAGAGUUUAGAAACGACAGAUUAAAAGAAAUUAAACAUCAGGAUGGACACCUGAGAAAUGUUCCUGACCAAUAUAACAUUGUAGAUAAUCCUUCACAUUGUGAUACAACAGAAGUACCCCUCUUGUGGCCUAAACCUACAAUUCAACGUAGACUUUCCCUACAUCUACUUAACAGUAAAGAAGAGUCUCAUCACCGUCCUGAUCUGCUAUCCUCACACCAGCAAGUUGGCAACAUAACUAACCAUCAGCUGCCAGAUGGUCAAACCUUGGAGAGAAACACAAGCCAGACUGAGAGUGAGGUGUAUACAGAUGAUGAACAUCGCAUCUAUCAGAAGGCAGUGGAGGAUGAGGAUGGUUGUAGCUCCGUCUGCCUAAAUGAGGAAUGCAUAAUUGACUGUGAGCUAUCACAAACUAGUAUAGCUCGUUACCAUGAGUCUGUCUGUGCAGAUGGUGGCUGGGAUGGCCAUUUCAUUGAGGAGCAUGCUCAUCACAAACCCACCAGAACCACACACAGGCCACAUGAAUACAGGUGGCAGUCCUCUGAUCACCAGAUACUUCAGAAAGGUGCUAGCCCCAGACAAGAGGUCCAGUGUUUGAGAAAAAGACUACAUGAAUCCAGUUUAGCAGAUGAUGAACAUACUGAAGCCCUGGAAACCAGCAUUUUUGACUACUGUCAGACAAGCGAAGUGGAGUCUGAUUCUGAGACCAUACAUAAAUCUGCAGAUGAAGCUGAUGUAGGCAAAUCUAAAAACUGGAUCCGUCUCCAAGAAUUGAAGGACUGCCAUCAGAACACAAGAGAGACAUCUAAGGAUACUGUGAACAUCAGUGCAAACCCGAAUGACCCUACAGGGCCCUGUGCAGGAGAAACUGCAGAGAGUCAGAGUUACACAGCAGAUAGUGGGAUUGACUCUCCAAGGACACACAUGAGUGUAACCUCCAGUAACUCAGCAAUUCUUAAUGGAUUGAAGCAUCGUGGCUUCCUGCAGAACCUUGAAAAGCUCCAGUCCAAUGGCAUUCAUCCUCAGAGUUCACUGCUCAAGCUUACACCUGUCAUGAAUGUUUAAACAGAUUAAAAUGUCGCUCAGUAUCUGGGUAUAGUUAUAUCAUGUAAAAAAAUGUAUAUAGUCCUACAAAUGUAAAUACCCCCCUCCCCACACACAAAAACUAGGAAAGGAAUGUAGGUUGUGCUUUUUAUAUAUUUAAUUCAGUACAGUUUACAUUUUCAGUUACAUUUUGACUGAUUUGUUUUGUUAACAUAGUUUUGUACAUUGGUCUUUUGUUGUUUAGUCAGAAAGCCUGAACAUGUCAAUUAUCUGCUCAAGUCAGUCCUCUGUUAUCGAUGUACAAAUGGGUAUUUCACAGAAAUAAAGUGUUGAAAAAUGG